AUCAUUUCACAGCGGAUGCCGCUGCUGGAAAUUGCUGGCCUUGUGGCCAGCCGGUCCCCAUGGGCUGCGCGCUUAGCAGCAAAGUUGCCACGCCGGAAACGCAGCCUGAGGUUCCAGAUGCAGUGCAGCGCUUCACCCCGGAGAGCAUUGAGCUAGAAGCCACAGCGACCUUCACGGCCUUCCAAUCGCCUUCGGGCCAGAAGCGCUACCCCGAGGCAUCGCCGGUGCGCCCUGGCUUCAGCCCCUUGAAGCCCAGCCCCUCGCUGAGCGCCAAGAGUCAGAGCAGUGCUCGAAGUCAUCGGAGCCAUCGGAGUCUGCGAGAAGAUCUUCGUAGCACUUCGCCCUUUCGGCUCUCGGUCUUCUCAGCGACCGAGCGAAGCCUUCCAGGUGACAGCGCUUUCUUGUGGGGCAGCCCUCAAGUCCUAUUCCAACGGUUUCAGCAACCAACGGUUCCUGCUCGGGGUGAGAGUUUGUACGAUAGCGACAGUGAAGGUGAGAUUACCAAGUCCUCGCCAUUGCGUCUCAAGAGUACUCACAGUUCGGCUUUUGGGUCAAGCAUCUCGUUUUUGAAGUGGUCUGCUUCCAAGAGAUGCUUCGAUGCGAAGAUCGCAUCCGCCGGACCCCGCUGGGCACAUCCACCGGAAAGGACGGUGGCCGCGGUGGCCAGCGCAGUGGGGCUCCCUGAGCGAACGCCAGAGCCACCCGAAGUUGGGGCCGAGGAGCGAGAGACCCCAGAUGAGCGGAGGCGUCUUCAGAAAUUGGCCGCCCGGGCCAGUGAGGUGAGAGAACUCCUUCGCCCAAAAAUGAAUUCUGAGGAUGACCUCCAGCAGGUGACUGACCAAAUGUCCCGUGCAAUUCACUUCAUUGCUGAGUCGCUGCCUCAUGCUGCAGAAACGCUGGGUGUCCAGCCGGUCGGCCUCGUCUUUCAGGCCCUGCUGCUGCGGGCAGGUCUGGGUCGCGGCAAUUUGACACAAGUGGAGCUAGAGCGAAUCCUGGGUGAGGGGAAGGUAGAGAAGUUGGCUUGGGCAGCCAGAGAGCUAUGCGAGUUGCUGAGAGUGAAAGUAGAGGACGAUGGUGACCUCUCGCUUGCUUUGAAGGUCUUGGAGGAUUGCAAGCGAUUUUUCCGUGCGCUGGCCCUUGUUGCGCAAGGUCGAGGCACCUCCAGCUUUCAGUUACUGGAGGACUUGAUGAACAUAGAGACUUGAAGGAGGCAGCUGGCCCGCAGCUGAUGGUGCAGCUGGAAAGUUGAUGCCAGCACAGCUCGCCUGCUGAAUUCGUGCAUCACAAUGUACAGUUGUAGGAAUUAGUUAUGGAAGUCUGACAGCAAGACAGUCCUGUAAA